CCGACGUGCGCGAUAUCGUAGGUUCCUUUCACCCCGGAAAGCCAGCUCCUGUCACACGGCAGCCCAUCCGCAAUUGCUCCUUGGCCGUGCGCCCCGAGUCUCCGCCCGCCGAAGUUUUGCAUUUGCGGCCUCUCCAUCCGCGUCACUAUUUUCUUUUUCUUUUUCCCCCCCGCUCGCUUUAACCCGCAAAAGAGAGAAACGACAAUCCCGAUCCCUCCACCCUCCAACCAAAAAUGUCCUUCGCCCUGGUCAUGAGGCGAUCGGGCCUCUCGAUGGGCCGCACCCUGGCGCGCUUCGAGUCGACCGCCAGCAACUCGACAACAACAAAGGCCGCCGAGGCCGCCAAGCAGACCGCCUCCAAGGCCUCGUCAACCGCGUCCGAGGCCUCGUCCAAGGCCGCCCAGGGCCUGUCGCGCGUCACGGCGGCCGGGGGCCCGGCCAUCGUCAGCGCCGCCAAGGGUGUCUCGGGUGCGCUGAGCCGCGUGGGCGGCCGCACAGGACGUCUGGUUGCCUUCGUCGAGCGCCAGACUCCCUUCGUCGUCUACUACUCCAAGGUCGGUCUUGAACUGGCCAAGCUUGUCUUCAAGGGCCAAAACAUGACCCCACCUUCCAUUUCCACGUUCCAGACCUACUUCCAGAACCUGUGGAAGCAGCUGCAGCACCCCGGCGCCUUCUUCUCGAACCUCGCGCACUCGCUCAACCCCCAGCAGCUCCGGAACCUCUCGAGGACACAAGUGGCGGCCGGCGGCGUGCUCCUGGCCGAGUGCCUGGGCUUCUUCACCGUCGGCGAGAUGAUCGGCAGGUUCAAGCUGAUUGGCUACCAUGGCGAGACCCAUGCUGCUCACCACUAAAGUGAGUUGGAGUUCUGGUAGCUGACUCAGCAGGGGGAGCUGGGGGCUGUGUAUCAUGUUGUGUUUUUUUUUUUUUUUUACGGUGAGAAGAGGAUGUUUGACUAGAGCCGGACUUUUCUCUCACCCGGCGUCUUUCUGCCGGAGCAUCUCUCUUCGCAGUCGUCCGUCCGUUUGGCAUGCCGGGGUAGGCGCAAGGGAAGCAAGGGAGACGAGCGAAGAGGGCGAACAUAUUAUGUGUUCUCUCUAGGGAAGAGGAUAGACUUGGUGGCGUAUCGGGGUGGAAGGGAGUGCCGCUGAUACUAAAAAAUCCGCGAACUCAUUCGGUGCUACCACACACCUGGGCCCUGCGAACGGGCGUUACGACCUAUCGAGUCAGGGAAGGUUCCUGAUGGGUUAGGGUUCCCAUCCUUUACCUUUGGUUCCGUUCGUCUGGGUAAAGACCCCCCCCCCCAAAAAAUAUCCGGGAGGGCAAGCCGAAAUGGGGAAAGGUUAGAAGGUAUCUUGCCCCCCGCUGUUUAUUUCUCUCCCCUUUCCCUCAUCUGUCUUGUCUCCCUGUCCUCGUCUCUCCCUUGUCCGCGGUAGCCGAGGAGCUUAUGUCGCUUUUCAUUUGUCUCCUGUACACUACCACUAGAAUCUUCUGCAUCAAGUCAA